UCGUGGCUAUUUACGAUCCUAGAUUUCCCCAGUGUUGAUCGCUGACAAGUGCGACAGCCGUCUGACAUAUUACUGUUCCGGUGGUCUGGAGUUGUAGAUGCGCUGAUCCCCGCGAUAUAAUCAUACUGUCCCUCCAGACCUAGACACGGUCUAACACUUGAAACGGCCUCCCCCAGCAACGUUCUCCCGCACCGACAGGAUGUCCAUGUCGAUGGGGGAUAUGCCCAUGGGCGACAUGUCCAUGGGCAACGGGGUGCCCGGUCUCUUCUAUCUCCAGAAGAUGUACUGGGCUGUCGUCGGCUCUGCAAUUGCGGCCGCCACCGUUGUGCACGUUCUGGACCGUUUCCUGGCUCGUCAGCGGCUCCGGGACACAUCGCUCAAUCCGUCAAAACCAAAGUCGCUUUUCUUCGGGAUCUAUGCCACAAUCACUGCCAUAUCGCGCGAGGUCGCAUAUGCCACCCUGCGACCUUUGUCGAUCGGCACGAAAUCGUUUCAUCUGCCUCCACUGGGGCCAGUGGUCGUUGUCUUGAGCAAUUUGGUUGUGGUGCUGGUAUUCUGCUUCUAUAAGCUGGAUAGCACCAACCGAUGGAACUGGGAAAAUGUCGGGUACAGGACCGGUUUCAUCGCCCUCGCGCAGCUACCCCUGAUCUUCCUUCUGGCGGCGAGGCAGAAUAUCAUUGGAUACCUGACUGGCCUGAGCCAUGAACGCCUCAAUUGGUUCCAUCGCGCGAUCGCCCGUACCCUCUGGCUUAGUGUCACCAUCCAUAUGGGCUUCUGGUUCCGUGACUGGGCUCAGUACGACUAUAUCACGUAUCAACUCAAAAAUGACCCCUUAACCAAGCGUGGUUUCGCGGCGUGGUGUAUCCUCACCUUCAUUGUUAUCUCAUCCGCUGGCCCAGUUCGCCGCUUGAGCUAUGAGAUAUUCGUCUUACAGCAUAUAGUGACCUUCGCUGGGUUUCUUGCCGCCGUAUGGCUCCAUGUUCCAGAUGAAGUCAAAGCCUGGGUUUGGAUUCCCAUCGGCCUGGUAGUGUUCGAUCAUGUCAUUCGUUACGCCUUGGUUCUAUAUGCCAAUAUUUCCUUCCUCCAUCCCUUUGCACGGAGGAAUGGUCGCCUGCAGAACAGCUUCUUUGCCCAUCAGGCCUCGUUCACUCCGCUCCCGGGCAAUGUAACUCGGAUCACGGUGGAAAAUCCGGCCAUCCACUGGAAGCCAGGCCAGCAUGUGUUCUUGGCUUGUCAUUCCAUUGUGCCUUUUCAAAACCAUCCGUUCACCAUCGCGUCACUUCCCUCUGACAAGAAACUGGAGUUUCUUGUACGGGCUGAAAAGGGAGGGACUAGAAGGUUCUUCCAGUAUGCCUCGAAGAACCAUGGCAUUCUCGGUGAUUCAGGCACCGCCGCAGUCACUCGCACCAAGACAGUUUUGCUUGAAGGCCCAUAUGGUGGAAUGCGUCCAUUGCGUCAGUUCGACAGCGUCAUCCUGAUGGCAGGUGGCAUGGGGGCUACAUUCGUUGUACCCUUGCUGAGGGAUCUUGUCGAGGGGUGGAAAAAGGAAUGCACUGAGCCUCCUGCAGCGUCCAGGGUGCGAUUCUUCUCAGCAGCUCGACUUGCUGCAACCAAAAGAAUACGUGUAGUGUGGGUCAUUCGAUCGAGAGCCCAGCUGAGCUGGUUUGAGUCUCAGCUUCAGUCAGUCCUGGCCGAUCUGGAAGUGUGCAGGCGUGUGCAGCCCGAUUUCGAUAAAACAAUCGAGCUUAGCAUCUAUGUUACAUGCGACGAGAAGCUGGAUGAGAAGCCCGUUUACCUGCAGCCACCGUCACAUAGCGCUCCUGUUCAGCCAAAACCGCGCAUAUCGGUUCUUGAUGAAGACAAGAUGGAAAACAAGGUUGUCGAGAAGGACGGUAUCUCUGCUCAUUCCACAUCAAUAUCUGCAUCUCAGCAACAACUUCCCGAUGAAAAGGGCCACAGCUGUCUCCCCGGAGGCGGUUGCUGCUGCGCCAUGACAAUUGAAGAGGAAGAUAAGACAUCGAUUUCGAAAUGCGCUUGCUCAGGCCCUGCCCCUCCACCAGAACUGCCUAACCCGUCACUUUCGUCUCUUGAGGAGUCUAUCCCAUCCCAUCCCAUACCUCUUCUCUCGGGGCGGCCCCACCCGCGAACCAUCAUACGCAAGGUUCUGGAACAAGCUGAGGGUGAAAGCGCCGUCGUCGUAUGUGGCCCUCGCGGCCUUGCAGAUGAUGUACGCCGUAGCGUUGUAUAUCUUAGCGACGAGCGCGCUGUUCACAAGGGAACGGGUGCCCAGGGCAUUUACCUCCAUGUGGAGGCUUUCGGGUGGUGAUAUACCUGAGACAUCGAUGUUUUCACUAAUCUAUUGCAUGCAUGGCGAGGCGUUCCUGGUUGGGUAUUGGGAUUUGAUGAUAAGGAUAAAGUCACGAAUGAGACGGCAUUUCUGUUAUUGCAUCCAGUGUGGGAUUCGACGAAUCCAGUUCUGGGAGAAUUUAUACGGUCAAA